CAAUGCCUUUAAAUCCACAGCUCUGGGCAACAGCCCACACAGUGAGGCAGAACCUGGACAGCCACUGUAUAUAUACGACGGAACACAGUUCCAAGUUCAGCACCUGACUUGCUACACAGCCCCACACUCGGAAGCAGAAAUCCAGCUUCAGUCCUGGAAGUGCUCAAUUCUAGCCUGUGGUCUCAGCUCUGAUCUCCAGCUCCUACAUGACCACCACGACCACUACCACCAUCACAAAGCCUCUUGCUGGGGGGCUAGAGAAUGAGGGGGAGAAAUUAGAAAAGAUUUUCCAACAAUGGGGAGAAGACAUCCGUCCUGAAAUAAAAGAUGACUUACAUGACCCCAGCUACCAGGAUGAGGAGGGGCCCCCGCCCAAGCUGGAGUACGUCUGGAGAAAUAUCAUCCUCAUGGCCCUGCUGCACUUGGGGGCCCUGUAUGGGAUCACACUGCUUCCCUCCUGCAAGGUCUACACCUGGAUCUUCGUGUAUGUGUCAUAUCUAGUUACUGGCCUGAGCAUCACAGCAGGGGCUCAUCGCCUGUGGAGCCACCGAACCUAUAAAGCACGGCUGCCCCUGAGGCUCUUCCUCAUCAUAGCCAACACCAUGGCUUUCCAGAAUGAUGUGUACGAAUGGGCCCGAGAUCACCGCACCCACCACAAGUUCUCAGAAACACACGCCGACCCUCACGAUUCCCGGCGUGGCUUUUUCUUCUCUCACGUGGGCUGGCUGCUUGUGCGCAAACACCCGGCUGUCAAAGAGAAGGGUGGAAAACUGGACAUGUCUGACCUCCAAGCUGAGAAGCUGGUUAUGUUCCAGAAGAGGUACUACAAGCCCGGCCUCCUGCUCAUGUGCUUCAUCCUGCCCACACUGGUGCCCUGGUAUUUCUGGGGAGAGACUUUUCAACACAGCUUUUAUGUUGCCGCUUUACUGAGAUAUGCCUUGGUGCUCAAUGCUACCUGGCUGGUGAACAGUGCUGCCCACCUUUAUGGAUAUCGCCCUUAUGACAAGAACAUUGGAGCCAGAGAGAAUAUGCUAACUUCAAUGGGAGCUCUGGGCGAGGGCUUCCACAACUACCACCACACCUUCCCAUACGACUACUCUGCCAGUGAGUACCGCUGGCACAUCAACUUCACCACAUUCUUCAUCGACUGCAUGGCUGCCCUGGGCCUGGCUUAUGACCGGAAGAGAGUGUCCAAGGCUGCUGUCUUGGCCAGGAUCAAAAGAACUGGAGAUGGGAGCUGUAAGAGUGACUGAGUUCCUGUUCCAAAUGUCAUCUGGGCAGAAGUUUAAUGUUCUGUUGAUGACUAUAGAGAAUGCUACAAGGAUGCUAAAGAUGACCUUAACCCACCGGGCAGUAGUGGCGCACACCUGUAAUCCCAGCACUUAGGAGGCAGAGGCAGGCGGAUCUCUGAGUUCAAGGCUAGCCUGGUCUACAGAGUGAGUUGCAAGAUAGCCAGAGCUGUUACACAGAGAAACCCUGACUUGAAAAACAAAACACAACAACAAUAAAAAGAUGACCUUUAUCUACUCCUGUAUAGCACUUUUUUUCCCCCUGAGAGAGGGUUUCUCUGGGUGGCCCUGGCUGUCUGGAACACACUCUGUAGAACACACUGGCCUUGAACUCAGAGAUCACCUGCCUCUGCCUCCCAAGUGCUGGAACUAAAGGUGUGCACCACACCACCACAGCCCUGCUGUGUACAGCACUCUUAUAAAAUGCUCAGGUAUCAAAAGGCAAUACCUCUACUUUAUGAUGCCAAGCUGAUACACUUACCUUUUCAUCCUAACCUUUCUCUAUAUCUCCCUCAUCUCUUACACCAGUGGUGUUACUCAUCAGUUCUUUCUUGUCUAGCAUCCUUUGCAUAGUCCAGUAGUCAAGUCUGCCUCAGAAAGCUUUCACUGAAGCGCCCUGUACUUCAUGGUGGGUGGCUUAAUCUGGAGAUGCAAUGUAGUCUGAGUAGGACAUCUUAAUUGUCAUGAAUCUAUGGUCUGCUAGAUGAGAGAGGACAAGAACUUUACUUGUCAGAGUGUGCAAAGCACGCAAAUUGUAAUGGGAAAGGGUUACCAUGCCAGGUAUGAUUCUUCAGCAGGAUUGGUAUUAUGUGAAAUGAGUUAUAAGGAAGUUUUUCUGUGAUCAGACUCAGCUGCUUUUCAAGCAGCGAUGGAACACCCCUCCCAACACACACACAGCACCCUUCCUUUCUGUCCUGAGCCCCAGAGCUUGGCAAUGUCAAAACACAGCCAUAAAUCCAACAUCUAAAACAAGCAUUUAUGUAGUAAGUGGUCUCAGCUGGGAAUGGAGUUGGCUUUUCUGUUAUAACAGGAUCUCUUGUUUCAUAGAACAAGAGGUAUUCAGGUAGGCUGCGUCCAGAAUGGGUGAGUAAGACAUUCUUAGAGUUUUGAGCAGUCCAUGAGAUGCUGCUCACCCAACUUUCUUCAUUACUCUGCUCUGUCAUCUUUAGGAUGCUAGACUGCCUCUAACGGUUGUAAGAUGGCUGUGGAUUUAUAAACUCCCUAAGCAAGAAAGGAGCAAGAAGAGCGUUGGGCUGACCAGGACGAGUGGUGACCUAAUUAUCUGACUGUGAUUCUGAGUUUCUAUCUUUGAAAGAAAUUCAUAAGGAGACACAAAGUAGACAGCAGAGGAAAUAUCUGGUCACCUGUUCCUCCCAUUCCAAGGCAGUGAUGGAGAGGUUGAGGGACAGUGUUGGUAGUUUCUCAGAAGUAACUUCCUGGAAGAAGGCUCUACAAGAUACCCAGGGGAUUGUCAGCUUCCUGAGUAGGGACUCUGUUCAACUGAAACAGUUUCAACGCCAGGUCCCUUUAUUAAUCCAGAUUGCUCUUGGAUUGAUCAAAUCUAGGCCUCUGCCUGCAGUGUUAUGCCUCUUCCCCCAUAGUCCUUGCUCUGAACCAUCCCACCCUGCAGGACUGUCCUGGGGCCAGGUAGGAACCUCUGACUCAGUCACUCUGCCUUCUUGGCUCUACCUUUCUCUCUUCUCCUGCUGCUCUGUUCUGUUCCUGGACUUGUCUCCUCUCCCCAGACAGGAAGCCUCUGGUGUGUACUCAGGACAGCCAGGGUCUGCAUCCCAGCAGCUCCCCUCCUUAUAGACACAACGCCAAGGAGCUGUUCCUUGUCUUCAGCAGACAGAGCUGGUUGUCACCUUCCUAGGCCUCCAGACCCUCUCCAGUCCACCUUUGGGGCUUCUAGCACCUUGAUGACCCCAGACAAACUCUUUUCUGCAAAGCUGUUCUAGAGAUAUUGCUGGCCCAGACAAUUUCUCUCUCAUAAGUCUUGACCAGUCCAAAUGCUGCUGAUGUAGCUCUGAGCCAGCCCUGGAGCAGGCACCUGAAAGGUAGCAAGGACAACCUUGGCUUUGGUAUGGCAUUCUGUUCUCUGCACACUCUUCUCCCUACCUUGGAUGUUCUUUCUUCUUGAAAGACUUGUAAGAUCACAGGGUUGAGGCUAGCCUCAACUACAUUAUGAGACCCUGCAUCAAAAAGAAAACAGAAGGAGGAGUAAGCCAUAGGACGGAAGAAAACAUGUGCAAACCAUGUAUCUCAUAGGGGAUGAGGCCUCAGAAUACAAAAGGAACUCUUACACCUCAGCAAUAAGAAGACAAAUAGCUCAGUUCUAAACUAGCAAAAGUGUUGGACCUCACAUUUCCGCAAAGCAGAAACAGAGAUAGUCAAUAAUUACAUGAAAAGGAGUUCUUUAUCAGUAACCACCCAGGUAAUACAAAUCAGGAGUACAAUGAG